AUGAGGGGAUGUGUAAGACAUGUUGAAAUUUUAAAUCCAAGCGGUGCGUCUGAACAAGAUAUUGAUAAGAAUUAUAAGAAGGGAUUCAAAGUCGAUCAUGUAUGGCCCAUCUUGAAAGAUAUCAAAAAAUUUGCAGAUGUUAAAGCUGGAAUUCAAGUGAGACGUAUGCAACAUGGUAACUUUGCAUCAUCACAAUCAGAGUACUCUCCCACUUCAGAGUCUCCCACACCAGCAUCUCCUAGAUUGGCUUCAUUCGGUUUUAAUAUGAAUGACAAUGAUUUUGGUGGUACUUCAACUGAAAGACCAAUAGGGAGGAUUCACUUAUGGCGAGAAGGGGGAGGAAGAGGGCCGCUGAAACCAGCGGCGGCGGCGGAGAGUCCUCUGAAAGAGAAAGAGAAGGACCCGGCCUUGGAAUUUAAAGAGCGACAGCGAGCUUUCAACAGUCAAGAAGUUGAGCGUCGGAUUGCUGCAAUUCGAGCAAUCCAAGUGGCAGAGGUUCAAAGUUUGCUCUCUAGAUUGCGCUUGAUUCGUUCGUACAUCAGCAAGGAACAGCUUGAGACACCUGCACUCCAGUUUUUCCAGGAGAACUUGCCCAAUAUCUCUCCCGUAAUAAACGAAAAAGCUAAAAUAAUAGAAUUGAAAUGGAGAAUCACAGAAAAUGAUGGUGGAAUCAUGCCAGAUUCAGUUGAUGUUUCCAGAACACUGCAACUUGGUGGCUAUAUACCACACUCAGUGAGAUCAGUAAAGAGCAGCUACCUGAACAUUGCAAACCUUCAGAUUCCAAAUUUUGUUUUGGAUGACCCUUUAGAGGAUCAAAUGCAGGGAAUAAGAGAUUCUUUCCAAACUCCUGGGGAGACUAGCAAUAGGCUAUCUUUUGGCAUGACCCCGAAAACUUCAAGGCAACCUAAGAAGGGUGAGAUGCUCAUGUCCAUUCGAGGCUCACCUCUGGGAGUGUACAAAGAAGAAAACCUGGAAGCCAUUCACGAGUCUGGGGAUGCUUCUCAUGGUGGUUCUUCUCAGUAAGCAGAGUUCUCGUUGUCGUUGUAAAGUCUUGUGAACUCUACUCUAGAUAUGAGAAGAAACUAAACUGACUGUAUUUGUACGUAAUUGUUACAUUCUUACCAGUCAAAGUGGUCAAUAGAAUGACCCCAAAUGUCUGUACAUUAUGUAAAAGUUAUUGAUGAAUGUCGUGACCAAAUUACCUUCAGUACUUUUGGCCUGAAGGAAAACAGAACUACAACUGUACUGGUUGAUUGCUGUAUUUGUGCCAUUUAUCUUUUGUCUU